AUACUAUUCUGCUUUAAAAACAAUGGAACAGCUAGAAAAUCUAUAUCUUCCUAGAGUUAGCCAAUACCGUUUUUGCCAGAUAAUGAUAGAAAAUCUUCCAAAACUGCGUGAAGAAAUAAAAGAAAUAUCCAUGUCAGAUCUCAAGGAUUUCUUAGAGAGUAUUCGAAAGCACUCUGACAGAAUUGGGGAAACUGCCAUGAAGCAGGCACAGCAGCAGAAAACCUUUAGUACCACUCUUCAGAAGCAGAAUAAUGUAAACUAUGGUCGGAAUAUGCAUUUAGGUAGAAGCAGAAUUUUGGAAUCCAGGAAUGAAAUGACAUUGAAGCGAACGUUUGAAGAAGAUGAUGAACACGAAGAAGAGGUUUUAACUGCUCAAGAUCUUGUAGACUUUUCUCCAGUCUACAGGUGUCUGCACAUCUACUCAGUUUUGGGUGAUGGAGAAAUAUUUGAAAAUUACUACAGAAAACAAAGAAGGAAACAAGCAAGAUUAGUUCUGCAGCCGCAGUCAAGCAUGCAUGAAACAGUAGAAGGCUAUAGAAGAUACUUCAGUCAAAUUGUAGGCUUCUUUGUAGUAGAAGACCACAUUUUACAUGUAACCCAAGGAUUGGUAACUAGAACAUACACUGAUGAACUCUGGAACAUGGCCCUUUCCAAGAUCAUUGCUGUUCUUAGAACACAUUCAUCAUAUUGCAGUGAUCCCGACCUUGUUCUGGAACUGAAGAAUCUCAUUGUAGUAUUUGCUGAUACUUUGCAGGGCUAUGGUUUUCCUGUGAACCGACUAUUUGAUCUUUUGUUCGAGAUAAGAGACCAGUACAAUGAAACACUUCUUAAAAAGUGGUCUGGACUGUUCAGGGAUAUUUUUGAAGCAGACAACUACAGCCCUAUUCCUGUAGCAAAUGAAGAGGAAUACAAAAUAGUUAUAAGCAAAUUUCCUUUUCAAGAUCCAGAACUUGAUAAGCAAUCUUUUCCAAAGAAACUUCCAAUGUCUCAGUCAGUGCCUCAGAUUUAUAUCCAAGUUAAGGAAUUUAUUUAUGCAAGCCUUAAGUUUUCUGAGUCACUUCACCGCAGCUCAACAGAAAUAGAUGAUAUGCUCAGAAAAGCUACGAAUUUGCUGCUUACAAGAACUCUAAGUAGUUGUUUACAGAACCUAAUUAAAAAACCUCAUAUAGGUUUAACCGAGCUUGUUCAAAUCAUCAUAAACACAACACACCUGGAACAAGCCUGUAAAUACCUUGAGGAUUUUAUAUCUAACAUUACAAAUAUUUCACAAGUGACUGUUCACACUGCAAGACUUUAUGGACUUUCUACCUUUAAGGAUGCAAGGCAUGCUGCAGAAGGAGAAAUAUAUACAAAACUUAAUCAAAAAAUAGAUGAAUUUAUUCAGAUUGCUGAUUAUGAUUGGACAAUGUCUGAAUCAGAUGGAAGAGCCAGUGGAUAUUUAAUGGACCUUAUUAACUUUUUAAGAAGCACAUUUCAAGUUUUCACUCAUUUACCUAAUAACAACAAUGACCAUGCAGCUAUGUCGGGAAAAGUGGCCCAGACAGCUUGCAUGUCAGCCUGCCAGCAUCUUUCAACAUCCCUAAUGCAGAUGCUACUGGACAGUGAAUUAAAGCAGAUAAGCAUGGGAGCAAUUCAGCAGUUUAAUUUAGAUGUGAUACAGUGUGAAUUGUUUGCUAGUUCUGAGCCCGUGCCAGGAUUCCAGGGAGACACCCUGCAGUUAGCUUUCAUCGACCUCAGACAA